UUUCGCCGCUGUUGCUGGUUCCGUGUAACAUCGUCCGGGGACUAUAAAUAUGCUAGUUGGGGAGCGUGGGGGAAACGUGCAUGCGUCCUCAAGAAAAAGAAAGAAGACAGUGGCUAUAGCUAGAGAUCCGGCCAUGGAGCUGUUGCUGUUCAAGAGGUCUUCAUCUGCACUUGAGGAGGAGAGGAGCCACGAACCCAAGAAAGAGAUCGAUGAAGAAAUAUGGAAGAGCUCAAGAGCUACUGCAAGCGACGAUAGCAUCAGGCCGGAGCCUUCAGGACAAGGAAAGCACCAAGUUCCAGAUGACAUGGAAGCGCAGCUUGAUUCUGCUAAAGCAGAGAUGGGCCAAGUGAGAGAAGAAAAUGAGAGGUUGAAGAUGAUCUUGUCACGUAUAGUGAAGGACUACCAAGCACUAAAGAUGCAUUUCCUCGACGUUGCCCAACAAGCAGAGAAUGCCAAGAAGGUCUCAGAUGUUACUGCUGCUCCUGCAACCACCAGCAGUUCAGACCAUGAUUCUGAAGAGACAGGGUUGGUGUCUCUGAGUCUUGGGAACAAUUCAACUUCAUCUCACAGGACUCAGGAGAAAAUGAACGAAAAGAGCAACGAGGAAAUAAAUGAUGAUGCCAAUUUCAAGGAAGGGCUGAGCCUUGGACUUGAUUGUAAGUUUCUGCAGAAUGGUCAGAAUCCACAGAGUAGCUCUGAGGAUCCAAAAGGAGAAGAUAUGGCAGAGAGUUCAACAAACAGGCUGUUUAAGACACCUAGAAGUGCAGAAGAUGAUGUCUCGCAGCAGCCCCAUGUGAAGAAAGCACGGGUUUCUGUUAGGGCAAGGUGUGACACAGCAACGAUGCAGGAUGGAUGCCAGUGGAGGAAAUAUGGGCAAAAGAUAUCUAAAGGCAAUCCAUGCCCAAGAGCCUACUACAGAUGCACAGUAGCACCAUCAUGCCCAGUAAGAAAGCAGGUUCAAAGAUGUGUAGAAGACAUGUCUAUACUGAUAACCACAUAUGAGGGGACUCACAACCACCCAUUACCAUUCCAAGCCACAGCCAUGGCUUCCACUACUUCUGCUGCUGCUUCCAUGCUCAUGUCAGGCUCAUCUACUUCAACAUCCGGGAAUUCCACGUCUGCUGGAUUUGUGUUUGAUGCUUCUGAUAUUUCAAGAUCAAGACCCUUCGCUCUAGCAAAUCCUGUCAUUUCAACAUCCCCAUCUUACCCAACUAUUGUACUGGAUCUUACCUCUUCAUCCUCCACUCCCCAAUUCAAUACGCUGCAGUACUCUUCUGCUCUCUCUGCAGCGCCUAGAUCACAGCCUUCUUCAAUUAGUUUCCCAGGCUUCAGCUUCUCUAAUUCAGAGCAAACGACCUUGCCUCCAGCUUGGAACACCAACACAGGCCUCUCUGGCAAAUAUGCGCCAGUAUAUGAACUCAAUAGAAUCCCAACUAUGGAAUCUGCUCUAGCUAGGCCACCACAUCAACAAUUCUAUCAAACUUAUCUUCAUAGACCCAAUCCUUCAUCAUCGACAUCCCUGCCAUCAUCCCAACAGAACAUGUCAGAGACAAUCGCAUCCGUGACAAAGGCUAUAACAUCAGAUCCAUGCUUCCAAUCGGCAUUGGCAGUGGCGAUCUCAUCAAUCAUGAACUCAAAUGGUGAGAGGAUUCUAGGCCAGAGCAUGGAAGAGACUUCAGCUCAAAUUUGUACGGGCAGAUUAACAUAGUUCUGGCCCUUAUGGGUCCAGUAACUCCAGUUGGGUCCAGAAAAGGAACAUUAUUCAUUUGAAAGUUUCUUUUUUUUUUUUUUUCAAAAUUGAUCACAGAGAUGUGAUGUCCAUAGUUGAUUUGUUAGGACAAGCUGCAAUUGAUAUUUUUUAAGUGUAAACAUGCCCUCUUUGAAUCUCAAAAUUUUGUCACUUUCAUGUCCGUUGAUUUCUUUUAUGCAAUAAAGUUCUGUA